AUGGACAAGUUACAUGGGAAUGGAGGAGUUGUGAGUCCGACCAAGGAGGGUCGAGGACAUGGAGUUGAUCAAUCUACUUCUGGGGAUCCUCCAUUGCCUGAACAUGUUGCUAAUCCUCGAUUGUGUGCAGUGAGCACGUUUGAGCAGAAAUCUUUCAUCGGAAUCAGAAAUGGGUCAUGGUAG